ACGUAAUCCAAGAUAGAACAUCACUUAUCCUGUACCCAGCAAAGCCAAUCGUCGACCCAUCCCAUUAAUCAUUAAUAAGAUAUUCCCAAUAUAAAAUAUGACUCAUGCUAUCACAAUUCCAGCAAGCAAGGAAUUAAACAACUACGGCAAUGAUUACUCUCUUAGUAGGCUGAAGCUCUCAUUCACCCCAUUUAAGCUUCGUUCUGUUGCCUUUCGCUAUGUCACUUUAAGCUGGCGGUAGGCAUAGUAAUUUGUCGACUAACAAGUUAUCUCUUACCAAGUAGCAUACUAUAUACUGAAGUAACAGUUUAGGUUGACUGAAAUAGGAAACAGCAUUCUUAUGAGUACCGAGCCAUAAACUCGACAAGUGUAUCUCCAUAAUUAUGUUCGAAUUUGGAAGUUUUAAAAGUAGAUUUUCGUAAUUUCCUAUUCACAAUCGACCACUGCCGAGUUUGAGCUUCUUCCUCUCAUUGCCAUGUUUAAGUCAAUACGAUAGCGUUCUUCCUUCUUUUUGCUUUUUCUUUCAUGGUUCUCCGUCAUCAGAUAUGGCACUCAUAUUUAUAUUGUCAUUCUCUUCGAAAAUUUUAUGCAUAAAGACAUUUUGAAAGGAGAUAUCAGAUGAAACAGGAUUAGAGUAGAGAUCGCUGUCUUUUACUGCGUGAAAUAUGUUUCCUUCUUACUUUGGGAGUAUCAAGUAAAAUUUUAUCAAGCUCCUAUAUAUCGGGAAUAGGCUCCAGAAUUAACAGAGCAAAAUUAGGUCGGCGCUAUACUAGAUGUUUCUUUUGAUGUAUCUGAUAACUAUAACACCUUUAUAACUUAAACAAAUCCUUAUAUCCUCUAAAUAUGUAUAGUAAGCGGACUAGUUUAUGUGAUAUUGAAAUGGAAAAGACGAAAGAGGCGAAAACUGGAGACGAAGAAAAUAUCAUUACCGCAGACGUACAACCUAACGCAACAGAUGGAUCUUUUGUUUCAUUUACAGAUUUUAAUGCCGAAACGGCAACCCUUCAAGGAAAAAAUCCCGAAUUAAAGCCCCGCAAAUCGUGGAGACAAUACUUGCAAGUAGCAGUUUGUGGUAUCGGACUCUUAUCAGAUGGAUACUGUCUCAGCAGUAUUGGUGCAGUGAUUACUAUCCUUAAAAGCUUAUAUCCAAGGGAAAGCAAAUCGCAUCAAAACAUAGAACAUAUUAGCAUGAGUUCAUACAUCGGUACAAUUAUGGGACAAUUAUUGUUUGGAGUCUUCUCAGACGCGGUUGGACGUAAAACUGGAAUGGUCACAGCCACAGGUAUUUUAAUCGUCGCUACGGCCCUUUGUUCUGGAGCUUAUGGUUUACACGGGAGCAUUAACAGCAUGUUUCAAGCUUUGAUAGCUUACCGCUUUUUCUUGGGGAUUGGAGUCGGUGCUGAAUUCGUUUGUGGUUCUAUCGCCGCUUCCGAAAGUUCUAACGAAAUUCGAUCAGGAAUUCGUCAUUCUAUCUUUGUCAUAGUGACUGACACUGCUACUGUUGUUGGACACAUUUUGGGUGCUUUGGUACCCUAUAUCUUGGUGGUUAUUUUUGGAGAAAACCAUUUGAGGAUUGUUUGGAGAUUAUCCAUCGGUUUUGGUGUUAUUCUUCCGAUUGUUUUUUUAAUACUUCGACUUCGCAUGGUAGAAGUCAAAGCUUAUGUGUCUCAUCGUAUAUCAAUGAGAAAAGUUCCUUGGCGUCUCGUUACUAAAUUGUACGGACCACGGUUACUCUUGAUUUCUAUAAUUUGGUUUGCUAAUGAUUUAAUUGUUUGUGCAUUUUCUCUUUACUCAAGUUCGAUUGUAAAGGGGUUAUUACCCGAAGAUGCUUCAAUGGCAAAGACGUUCGGGUGGACAGUAUUAAUUCAGAGCUUUAGUCUGCCCGGUUCAUUGCUUGGUGCAUACUUUAGUGAUGUACUUGGACCAAAGCGUUGCCUUAUUGUUGGAAUGAUACUACAAGGAACCGUGGGAUUGUUUAUGUCAGGCUUUUUUCAUCAGUUAAUUCAUAGGAUUGCUUGUUUCUGCGUACUUUACGGGCUCUUCCUAAGUUUUAGCGAAUUUGGUGUUCUAAGCAACCUCGGACUCUUAGCUGCUAAGACCUCUCCCACUCCAAUCCGAGGUCUUUAUUACGGGAUUGCAGCUACAGUUUCUAGGUGUGGUGCUAUAGCAGGCAUCUAUGUAUUUGGGGGCAAUCAGUUCCAAAAAUAUUUCUAUGUCGCAAGUGGGAUUUACUUCUUUAUAGCUUUUCUAUCUUUCUUUCUUCCGCAUGUAAAUCAGUCCUGUGUCGAGGAAGAAAACGACCGGUUAAUGAAACGUUGUAUACUUGAAGGUAUCGAUCCUAACUCGUUUCGCGACAAGCUUGAUUUGUAAUCUUCUCAAUCUUUCUUCAUUUUUGCCUGUUUUCCCUUUAUACUAUUUUACGAAGAAGAAAGAGCGUCUUCAUGCCCCGUUGUUCAGUUUAUAUGUAAUUUUUAUGCUUGUUUCUAUCAACCUCUAUCUUUUUCUCUCACUGUUUACUUAUUCAUACCGGAUUUUAUGUUAUUUAAUAUACCAGUCACUUAUACAUGUAAUUUGAUACGCAUCAAGAAUAUGUAUUCCUGUUUUAAAUUGGAUUUUUUGGAAAAUUCUCAUUCAAAAUGGAAGUGUACGUCGGUUUGGAAGUAUGAACAACCUCAUCAGUUACCGACCCCGGCAUAAAUGUUGUUAAUGAUUUAUGCCUUUAUUUUUCACUCUAUCGAAGGGCAUAAAAGUUUCAUGUCACUACCGUACUUGGACUACUUCACUACGGUGUAAUAAUGAAACAAAGUUUGCACCCUGAAUAACCUUAGACGCCGUAAUGCACACGAAUAUAUAAUAACAGUACCAAGUUCUUGCUCACGAAUGUGGACUUGCGUGGCUCCUCAGCGUACGUAAGUAGAAUAUAGUCGAAGCGGUGCCAUAAGCACGUUAGUUAUUACCAUUUUCUUGCUAUUGUUAUCAUAGCGUAUGGAUUUCCCUAAAAGUAAUGAAUAGCCAAAGACAUUAUUAAACGAAGAUUUUUUUUAUUCACUGUAUAUAUAUGGAAGAUUUACGUGUUAAAUGUCCAGUUUGGAAGAGAUGUCCGAUCUAGCUAAAUAAAAUUAGUGUACAACUUAUAGAGUGAGCCAGAUGAUGAACACUAUCCCUAUUAAUUCCAAGUAAUAAAGGCAUCCAAUUCAAAAUAUAAUCGAAGUUAAAGCAUUUUCUCAGAACAAGUGGG